CGACAAACUAAAUUACAUGGUUUGAAAACACUUUCUCGUUGUGUAUGGUAGUGGUUGUUUUUGCCAUUAUGGUUACUAAGGUCAUGAGUUUAUGUGAAAAAUGUGGCUGGUUCUGGUGUUGUGUUUUUGUCCUGUGGUAAACGGUUUUUUUGAUUAUGAGCUGUACCAUAACUUGACAGCUGAAUCGCUACAAGGCGCCGAAGUAACAACAAAAAAUGCUGCUGACAGAACAAAAGUUGAAAAGCUGGCAAUGCAUGGCUUCGGUCGUGUCUUAACAUGGAACGUAAAGAAACUUGGCGCGUGUUUACGCCAGGACAAUGUUGAGCAACUCAAAGAAGUAGUGUGUGUUAUCCUACAAAGUGCGAACGUUAUUGUCCUGCAAGAAACAGAAAAUUUGGAUUUGUCGUGCCUACCAUGUAACACUGUAUUAAAAGAUGAAUAUGAAUGGCCAGCAGAGAAUCCAAACAAUGACUUCAAGAUCAUGAUCAGAACUAAACAUAGUCAUUCCUUUAAGGUAAAUAAGGCUGGAAAGUGCGAAUCCGCUCAACUUGGGAACAAAAAAAGCGACCUCGAUAAUCCAGAUUCUUUGUACCAAACAGCGAUGCGCAAGUUACAGUUUAGCGUUGAACAACAGAGACAACAACAGCAGCUCGGGGGCUAUCGCACAGUGACAACAAAAGCAGUUGAUGGACCCAACACAUACAUAGGCUCGGACGCAAGCGAUGUACAUUCUACGUAUGAAGAUUUUGCCACGGACGAAAAGUCGCAACGUAUAAAUCAGCCCUUAGCAGCUGUGAAGGCUCCAGAUUCACCAGCCCUUAAAAAAUCUCAGCAUCUUAGUUUUCAUGAGAAAAAUAAGGAACUUCGCAUAAAUGUAAGGUUUCACGUUGUAAAUAACAGCUCUGGUAAUAUGGUGAACAACUCCAGUUUAUCUCAGCUAACCUCUAGCAGUGAGCCUUCUCAAGAAAGUAUUGCAAACUCUGUUGCUAGUGAAACACAAAUUUUCGACAAGAACGAGAAUCAGCAGGACUUGACACGUGAUCAUACAAACCGGUUUCUACUGACGCCCGCAUUACAUUCUGAAACGUCCGAUCCUUCGAAAGACGACACGGUCAAUAAUCGAUUUGUUUCAGACACAACAGAUACAAACACGACGCAACAUGCGGAACGAUUUCGUACGAAGGAAAUUGACACGGAUAAUGUAACGUCAGCCGAAGAGGACUUGCAGACACGUUUACUAAAGGACAAAGAAAUGCUCAACAACACCACGAUUAACGAACAGAAAAGCGAACGAUUUCGUUUAAUAACUGAUCAACUAAAAAAUAUCGAAAAAGAAAUCGUUAUGUUACAUGGAGCGAACGAUAAUUUUGAAAAUCGUUUUUAUAGGAACGAGAGUGGGAAAAACACCUCCGCUGCGGUAGAGAGCGGUGUGAUGAAGUCUGACGUAUCCAAAUGGAAAACACGGUUAACUCUGCCGACAUUGACGGAAGAAAAAAAUGAUCGUUUCCAUGCCAAUGACGUCCUAAUAACUGAAAUGAAUCCAGCAAAACUUGACAAUGCAAGGUCGUCAGAAAGUACAUACAGCGAAGCAAGUGAGACAUCACCACAGAGAAACGUCGAAGAAGGUACACCUUUAGCGGACAUUGAUUUAGAUUCUGACAAAAUGCACCAUUUAGUUAACGAAGUGCUAUUACAACCAAAGUUAAGAACAUUCAACGAAGAAUUUAAAAAUGACCAGCUCUUGGAAGAGUUGCUAACACAUCGGCGAUUACACUAUAUGCAAAAUAAAUCCAGUGAAGCGAGAUAUAAGAGAACAUUGAAAGUGUUACACCUAAAAAGAAGGAAAAAAGGCGUGAUGGGAAAAACUAAAAGACGUAGUCAUCGUUUGGGUAAACGAGUAAAGGCAGUAAAUGCUAGCAAAAGAGGCAAUGUUGUGGAACCCACAAACGAACUCAACUACGUCAUAACAACCGUAACGUCUGAUUUAAAUUCAGGAGAGCCGUUUCUCGUUGCUAACGUUAAAUUACCUAGAGAUAAACGAUUUCAACGUCAUUGCAUGGAAAAAAUUAUGGCCGACGUUAGCAAUACUAAUUCUGAAGCUGAAAAAAAGUUACCCGUGUUUAUUAUGGGAGACUUUCAUUUCGAUCAUUUAACCGGUGCAGACGAUACGGGAGAUAUCUAUAAAAUUUUAAACAAUUUACAAAUUGAUGGAGAUAAUUAUCAUGCACCAAUCAUAUACAGCGAAAAAGAUCCAAUCACAACCGUGUACGGCCGUCGCUUUGACAACAUUUUAACAAACAUGAAUCUAAAAGGUAACCUUAAAACGAUCGGUCCAGAUUUGCCUGUUGAACCGGAACCGAUUAUUCUACCGUUGACAUUACAAAGACUUUAUAAUAAUUAUAUGACGGCCUUGUACUCUUCGGAUGGCGGAGAGUCGGAUUCAAUCUAUGAAUGUAUUAAAGCAUUUCAGCUAGCAGGCAAAUCUGAGCUGAAUAACGUCGUUUGUAAAGAUAGCUGGGUCCCUUCAAGCUUCAUAAGCGAUCACUUGCCACUGCAGGUAAAAGUAAAAAUAAAAGUUCCAGGAAAGUCUUCUCCGAUUGAGAUUAACAUUGCGAGUUGGAAUAUUCAAGGCGAUACUUUUAAAGAACGAUUGAUGGAUCCUGCUGUGAAAAAGCAAUUCUUUUCAUACUUGAAGAACUUCAAUAUGGCUGUCUUUCAGGAAUUUCCAGGACAUGAUCGUAUUUUGGAUGACGAUGAACUGGGAACAAGUGAUAUUGUUCGAUUGAAACAAGGCGAUAUAACCACGGAUUUUGGCAUGUAUGUGAGUGAAUACUCCAAGGACGGAGAAGCAGAUAUGUUUGUACUUCGAAAAAAAUUCAAAGACGAGGAAACUGUAACGUUAGACGACAACUCCCACGUCAUUACAACAGUCGGUUUAUUUGCACCGAAAUUAGUUAUCGAUACCGUAAAAAUACGACCAUGUUUGUAUACCGUCAAAACAAGCGAGAAUGACGUAUCCACCGGAGUGGGGUUUGCAAAAAUCAUGAAUGCUAUACAGAAGGACGUCGCUACAAGAAAAUGUGACUUUAAAGUUCUACUCGGAAGCAUGAACCUGGAAGAAAAUUUUGAUCUUGAUAAAGAAAUAUAUAAAAAUUACAAGUAUAUCAACAUGAAAUGUAAAAUGACUGAUGGAAAGAACAAGUACACAUACAAUAUCCCCAGAUCACGUGAUCUUGCUGAUUACGUCAUCAUACUUGAUCGAGAUAAAGACGUAGAAUUUGAUGAGUGUACCAUCGGACUGCCAGGUGAUGAGCCGAAAAGAGGGAUAGAUAAGUUGAGUGACUUUGAAGAGUUGUCGACACACUACCCCUUCUCCAUUGUGGUGAAGAAACCCGAAAUCUAGUGGGAACACAAACUGUGGUGAAUUCAUUAUCACAAAGCUUAUACCUCCGCAAUUGUAAUCAAGGAGCUAUAUGUACAAGAAACACAUAUUCAUGGAGAUUUACAAAUGUAAUAGUUGCAACUUGUAUUAUAUACAUACAUCAUUAUCACUCAGCUCACAGAAUGUAUGCCCCAUCUACAUAA